AUGCGAAGUGCUCUGAAUGGUAAAAGUAAGUCUGAAAGUGACUCACUGAAAGAUCUAUCUAAAGAAGAUGAGGCAUACGAUGCAAUUUUCAAUGGUGAAUUUGGAACUCUAGAGAUAACCAACUAUAUUGGUUCACAAGGUCAAGAUGGUGAAACUGAACAUCUACCAGAUGCUAUUGAUUUUGAAGACGAGGAUGAAUUAGCAGAUGAGGAACUAACUGAAGAAGAUGCGCCCAAUAAUAGGCAACAAAUGCUAGGGCACAGAGAUGAAGACGAUUAUCUGACAAUGCUGGAGGACGCUGGAGUUACUGAUUAUCAGGGAAACAACGCAUUGUUUAUGGGUGUGCAAGAUGAUACUAGUACUGGGUUUGUUAACGAGCAUGGUGAGUUUAAUGAAUUUACUGAUGAACAGCAACGUGAACUUGAGCAACGGAAGCAACGGGAGAGGGAGAGACUGGCUAAGGAGGAGCAGAUGUUAGUGAAGUCAUACUUUCCUCAAUUGCGAAAAGGAGAAAUUUUAAAGAUGACUAAGAUUGCUCCUAAGCCAGUAACCGAGUACCAGUGGCAGCGAAAUUUGUAUUUGGUGAACAGAGUUAUAAAACCUUUAAUACCAAUGAAGAUUAAGUUUGAGGUUCAACAAGAUACACGAAAAAUCCUUAAAGCAAAGGGAAGGUCUUGGCAAACAGCAGCCAUAACUCAAAGGAAGAAGAACAAUAAGGGUAUUGUAAAUGUUACAGCGGAUGAAAUAUAUCCAAUGCAUGAGGAGGAGACCAGCAAAGCCAGCACUGAUGAUGUGAUUCCAGAAGAUUUAUUAGUCGUAGCAGAUGAAUGGGAUUAUAAAAAAAUUAUUGGUGAGGUAGAAUCUGAAUCCGAAGAAUCUAAAGAACUGUCUGCUGAUACCCCUCUAUUUGACAACAAAUUAGUUGAGGAUCCUCGUGAUUGGGAGUGGGAUGAAUCUGAUUUUGUUGAAGGUAAGUUGAACAAUAUUGACUUUUCUUUAGAUAUGAAUGAUGAGCGCCUACUCUUUCUGAAAAAUCCAGAGAUAAAAAGCAGUGGAAAGAAGCAGGUUAUAUUGUUUAAUGAAAAGCAUUUAUUAUCCAAGUUUAAUGUUUCCAAUGACGACAAAUACAAGAUUUUGAAGGAAAAUUAUCAAACCAAGAUUCGUUCAACCAUAUCGAAUCUAAGCAUAGAACAUUCGCUGCCCGCAAAGAGGCUUCAAUCUCCCUUCUAUAAAGUUAUUCUACCUAAAGACCAGUUAAGGCAUUUCCACAGGUACCACUUUGGGAAAACUAUACGGCCAGGUACAAAUAUUGUGUUUAGUAAGAUCAAAUUGAGGAAACGAAAGCGUGAUAAGGGCAAAGAUGUUAGAGAAAUAUUUUCCCAAAGCUCUGAUUUAACAGUUGGUGAUAGUGUUCCUGUGUUCCUGAUAGAAUACUGUGAACAGCGACCAGUAGCAUUAUCCAAAUUUGGUAUGGCGAGCAAGUUAAUCAAUUAUUACAGAAAGAGAAGUGAAACUGAUACGUCUAGGCCGAAACUUCCGGUUGGUGAAACCCAUGUGUUGGGCGUACAGGAUAAAUCGCCGUUUUGGAAUUUUGGUUUUGUUGAACCUGGAACAAUAGUUCCAACAUUGUAUAAUAACAUGCUAAGGGCUCCUGUCUUCAAACAUGAGGUAUCGAGAACUGAUUUUUUGCUCAUCAAAAGUGCUGGUAAUGGAUCUGGAACUAGAUUUUACUUAAGGCAUAUUAACAAUCUAUUUACUGUUGGUCAGACAUUUCCUGUUGUUGAAAUUCCGGGUCCAAAUUCUAGAAAAGUAACCUCUAUGGGUAAAAACAGGCUCCGUAUGGUUGUUUAUAGAAUCUUGAACAAAUCACCUGAACAUAGACUACUUGUAAAACAGGUUGCAAGACAUUUCCCCGACCAAAAUGAUAUGCAAAAUAGACAACGGUUGAAGGAAUUUAUGAAAUAUCAACGUGAUGGGGAUGAUCAUGGAUUUUGGAAAUUGAAGGAAGGUGAAGUAUUAUUAGACAAUGAAAAUGUUAAAAAGAUGAUUUCACCGGAGGAUGUUUCAUUAAUUGAAUCUAUGUAUGCAGGCCAACAGUUCCAGGAAGAUACAGACCUGUUUAACUUUAAUUUAAAGUUGCGAAAUUUGGAGGAAAGCUUGACCCCAUGGAAUGCAACCAAAAAUUUCUUAAAUGCUACUCAAAUGCGUGCUAUGAUUCAGAUUCAUGGCGCUGGUGAUCCCACGGGCAAUGGUGAAGGGUUUUCGUUUUUAAAGACGUCAAUGAAGGGAGGUUUUACCAAAUCUGAUGAGAGUGAACAGCCUCAGGCUACUGGUGGUCAUAGUUACAAUGUUGCUCAGCAGCAGAAGGCAUAUGAAGAGGAAAUUAGCAAAACGUGGUACAAACAAGCAAAAUCACUAAGCAUUCAAAAUCCAUUUGAAGAAAUGGAUGACCCAGAUGUAGUGAACAAAACCAACAAACGAGUCAAAGUCCAUCGCGAUGAUGAAAAGGUUUUGAGAAUAGUACGCAAAACUCGAGAUGAGAAUGGUAUUAUUCAAAGACAAACUACAAUUGUUAGAGAUCCUCGAGUUAUCCAUGCUUAUCUGAGGACAUACGAAAAGAAAAGAGAAGAGGCAGAACGCAACUUAGGCUUGGAAGAGUUGAUGAACGAUAACAUAGAUCUAGUAACUGGAGAAAAUGAUGAAGAAAGACAACUAAAACAAAAGAAAUUAUUGGAAGAACAAUUAGCAAAGUUAGAGAAGUCAAAAGAAAGAAGGCAAGCACGGAAAGCUGCUAAGGAAAAGAGCAAGGACGGUAAAUUAGUAAAAGUUAAAAAUACGACAAGACGUUGUGCAACCUGCGGUGCGAUUGGGCAUAUUAGAACGAAUAAAUCGUGUCCUAUGUAUAACGGCGGUGUAGCUGCCAAUGCCAACGCCAGUGCAAAUGCUGCAAACGCUACUAACGCUGGCAACGCUACCAACGGUACCACAAUUGCAAACGUCCCGCCAAGUGCCGCCAAUGCUUCCAAUACCAGCAAAUCGCUGACUCCGAACACGAGCGUCCCCCCAAGUUCUUUUGACCCUUAG